AUGGGCAUUCCUUCGGAGUCUACGGUAGCAAUGGUCAUGACCACGCAGAGACGCAGACGUCACAGAGCUGACAUACUGAAUGAAGUGGAAACCAUUAUUAAAGAUCAAAGGAGUAAACUGCUGAAUGAGGAUGAUAUAUCUCUUUGGAAGCAACCAGAUGGUAAGUACAAACCGGUUUUUAAAACUAAAUUCACUUGGGAAGUGAUUCGAAGGAAAGAACAGAGGGUUUCAUGGUGGAAAGGAAUCUGGUUCAAGCACCAUACACCAAAGUACGCUUUCUUCCACUGGAUCGCAAUCCACAAUAGACUUGCUACUGGUGAUAGAAUGCAAACAUGGAACAGAGGAGUCAACUCAGCUUGUAUUCUCUGUCGUGCGUCGCAAGAAACAAGGAAUCAUUUGUUUUUUGAGUGUAGCUACUCGUCUGAGGUGUGGUCUCUUCUUAUGAGUGGACUAUUACAGACCUCUUUCACUUCGAAAUGGUCUGAGCUCUUGGUUUUAAUCAUGGAUAACAGCAGUGAUUUUCUCACGAACUUCCUCACUCGUUAUACACUUCAAGCCACCAUUCACUCAAUUUGGAGAGAAAGAAAUGAAAGAAGACAUGGUGCAAUAGCCACUCCAGCAAGGGAACUUGGAAAACUCUUGGAUCGUCACGUAAGGAACCGAUGCUGCUCUAUUCAACAAUUGGGAGAUCAAAACUAUGCUGGAAGCUUAUCCCGGUGGUUUGCCACUAGAUGA